CUAUGGGCAUAUUUUCCUGAGCCAAGCAGAAGAUCUGAUCGGUUCAAAAUACAAGAAGGUGGUUUACAGGGAGUACACAAACGGCAACUUCACGCAGCGCAAAGUGAGGAUGGAGGAGGAGGAACACUUGGAAAUCCUGGGGCCGUUACUCCAUGCUGAGGUUGGUGACUCCGUUCUGAUCGUAUUUAAGAACAAAGCCAGCAGGCCUUAUUCAAUAAGUGCACACGGUAUAGAAGAAGUCGGUUGUGAAGAACAACCUGAGACACCAAUUACCCUCCCUGGGGAAAUAAACACCUACAGGUGGAACGUCCCAGAACGAUCUGGCCCUGGUAAAACAGAUCCAAACUGUAUCACCUGGGUUUAUUAUUCAACAGUGAAUUUUGUAAAGGACACAUACAGCGGUCUGAUUGGGCCUCUCGUAGUUUGCAGAAAAGGAGUUCUAGAUGAAAGAGGUCUAAGAAAAGACAUUGAUCGUGAAUUUACCCUUCUGUUUAUGGUAUUUGAUGAAAAUGAAUCCUGGUAUUUGAAAGAAAAUAUUGAGACAUACCUUCAUAAGAAUCCUGAUGAUUUUAAUUCCACGGAGAACUUUGUAGAAGGCAACAGCAUGCAUGCAAUCAAUGGGAAGAUUUACAACAGUCUCCUGGGUCUAACGAUGAAUGAAGGUGAUAGGACAAACUGGUAUUUGAUUGGAAUGGGCAAUGAAGUGGAUAUACAUACAGUCCACUUCCAUGCACAGACCUUCAUCUUUAAGACAGAUAAGGACCACAGAGGAGAUGUGUAUGACCUUUUUCCUGGGACUUUCCAGACAGUUGAACUUGUAGCAGAAAACCCUGGAACGUGGCUUCUGCACUGCCACGUAGCCGAUCACAUCCACGCUGGCAUGGAGACGACUUACACCAUCAAUAAAUCAGAGCUAGAAGCUCCUUCAGAAGGAGGACUCACAACUGGAAUAUAUGAUACAACUACUGCAAAAAAUAAGACCACUGCAAAGGAUCAUGACAGUAAAGGAGGCAAUUUUUUUGGAAAAACUUUGAGUCCUGGAGAAACCAGCCUGAUACUCGCAGCCUUUUUUUUCAUUGGACUUGUUCUGCUGUCAACAGUAUUAACCUUCUUCUGCCUCAUCACCCGCCAAGGAAGCAGGAUCCAUUACACGGCUCUGCAUGACAAAAGUGCACUUCUAAUAGAUUCCCUGUAA